AUGGAUAAAUACCGCAAGUUAAAAGUUAUUGGUAAAGGCAGCUUUGGCUAUGCUGUACUUGUGUAGUCUGUUGUCAACAGAUAAACAUAUGUCAUGAAGAUUAUAGAUGUAUCAAAGAUGGACAAGAAGCAGCGUGAAGAUGCAGCUAAUGAGGUUCAUGUUUUAAAGGCAAUGAAGCAUCCAUUCAUUAUCACAUACAAAGAAUCAUUCAUGGAUAAGAGAUGUUUAUGUAUAGUAAUGGACUAUGCUGAUGGAGGUGAUUUAUAUACCAGAAUCAACUAACAAAAAAAGCAAGGCAAAGUUGCCUAUUCAGAGGAUUAAAUCCUUGAUUGGUUCGUUUAAAUGGCAUUAGCAAUAAAGCAUAUUCAUGAUAGGAAAAUAUUACACAGAGACUUGAAGACUUAAAACAUAUUCAUGACUUAGAAUAACACAAUUAAAAUAGGGGACUUUGGUAUAGCCAGAGUUCUCUAGCAUACAUAUGACUGUGCUCAAACUGCAAUAGGAACUCCUUACUAUCUCUCACCAGAGAUUUGUUAAGAAAAACCAUACAAUUAAAAAUCUGAUAUCUGGUCGCUUGGUUGUAUACUCUAUGAAAUGGCUACUCUCCAACAUGCAUUCGACUCUAAUUCUAUGAAAGGAUUGGUUCUCAAAAUUUUAAGAGGAAGUUAUCCACCACUCCCAGAUCAUUACAGCCAAGAUUUAAAAGAUCUUCUAGCAGAUAUGCUUAUAAAAGAUCCUUCAAAAAGCCCUAGCAUGCGUAAAAUCCUUGAAAAAGAUUUUCUGAGUUAACGAAUAGCGAAAUUAUUAAGCAAGACAUUGUCAAUAGAAGAUUUUUCACAGUCAUUUAUUAACAAAAAUUUAGCUCCUCACCUGAAUAAAGAGAAUUUGGAGAAGGAAAAAGGUUCUGGUAGUUUAAGCGAUCUCAGUGUGGUUGAGGAUUAAUAAAUCUCAAAUAAGCAAUAAUAAAAGGUUAUUUAAAAUACUAAGGAAGUUCUAAAAAAGAAGAAAAGGAUGGAGAUCCUUUCAGGUGGGAACACAAACAGUUAAAACGAUGAAUUUAAGGAUAAUAUUCAUUCAAGUUAUGAUGUACAAGCAGAUGGUAGAGAAAAAAUACCAGCUAUUAGAGAGUUGAGUGAAUAGAGAUAAAAUCAGCAAAGACAUCAGAAUUAUUUCAAGCCUAUGAAUAAUAAUGUGGGUUCUAGAUAGGGAACACCAAACUAGAGUUAAAAUCCAGUCGUUAAAAGUGUCAUAAGAUCGAGCAGUUAGGCUGCUACAAAUAGUAAUUAGUCACAGUAGCAAUCAAUAGUUCAGAAAUAUCAAGAACCCACAAUGCCUUAUCAACCUGCUUAAAAGGACUAAAAAGUUUAUAAUAAUUAUCUUAAUGCUAAGUAUGAUGAACAGCCAGCAAAUGUCUCAUCUUAAUAAAGACUUCACUAAGAAAACUCAGAGGAUGAAGAUGAUAAUUUUGAGGAAGCCAAGGAAGUUAGGUUGAAAUCCAAUUUCUUAUUGAAUUUACCUGGAGUUACGGCAAAGGAUUCAAUGGGAUAUAGAAUAGAAGCAUUAAGAGUUUAUCUUGAAAACUAGCUUGGGGAUGAACAAUUCAUUGCAGCCUACAAGCAUUUAGUGGUAUUUGCAUUAAUAAUCAUAUUGAUUUUAUAGAAUAUAUCAUAGAAUGAUGAUUCAGGCUAGGAUGAACUAGAGGGUAUGCUGGGUAAAGAGAAUAUGAAGUUUGUAACUCUUAUCCACUAGCUCAUUGUCUGUGAGGAUUCUUAUUAUGCAAAUAAAAAGUGA